AUGUUGGCCAUUGGAAGUCCUAUUACUAGCUUCCAUAUAAGCACUACUUGCACUUCUUUGCUCAGAGAGCUUGAGCAAAUAUGGAACGAUAUUGGAGAGACCGAGAAGGACAAAGAUCGAAUGUUGAUGGAGCUAGAGAGGGAGUGUUUAGAUGUUUAUAGGAGAAAAGUUGACGAGGCUGCCAACACAAAAGCACGUUUUCAUCAAUCCGUUGCAGCCAAGGAAGCUGAGAUUGCAACGCUAAUGGCUGCACUUGGUGAACAUGAUAUUCACUCUCCGAUUAAGACCGAUAAAAGAUCGGCUUCAUUGAAGGAGAAACUUGCAUCUGUCACACCAUUGGUUGAGGAAUUGAAGAAGAAAAAAGAAGAAAGGUUGAAACAAUUUGAAGAUAUUAAAACUCAAAUAGAGAAGAUAAGUGGCGAGAUUUGUGGAAUCCAUUCUGUCAAUGAUGAUGUGAGCAGCACAGGUAGUAAAGAUGAACAAGACUUGUCACUUAGAAGACUUAAUGAAUAUCAAACACAUCUCCGUAGUCUUCAAAAAGAAAAGUCGGAUCGACUUCAGAAAGUCUUGCAAUGUGUUAAUGAGGUGCAUUCUCUUUGUGGUGUUCUUGGAUUGGAUUUCGGCCAAACCGUUGAAGAUGUGCAUCCAAGCUUGCAUGGGACUCAGGUGGAGCAAUCGACCAAUAUUAGUGAUAGUACAUUGGAAGGUUUAGAGAAGACCAUUCUCAAGUUAAAAACCGAAAGAAAAGUCAGAAUACAGAAGUUGAAGGAUAUUGUAGCUAACCUAUUCGAACUUUGGAAUUUGAUGGACACAUCAAAAGAAGAGAGGAACACUUUUCUAAGGAUUACUUCUAUUGUUGCAACUUCGCCAUCAGAAAUCACCGAAAGAGGUGGUCUUUCAACAGACGUGAUAGAUAAGGCUUCGGCAGAAGUGGAAAAACUUGCGAAACUAAAAGCAAGUAGAAUGAAAGAACUUGUUUUUAAGAAGAGGUCAGAGUUAGAAGAAAUAUGUAAAUUGACUCAUAUCGAACCUGAUACAAGUACUGCUGCCGAGAAAGCUAGUGCAUUAAUAGAUUCUGGCCUGGUUGAUCCUUGUGAAUUAUUAGCUAACAUUGAAGCACAGAUAGUGAAAGCUAAAGAUGAAGCAUUGAGCAGAAGAGAUGUAACAGAUAGGAUUGAUAAGUGGCUUUUUGCUUGUGAAGAGGAAAAUUGGCUCGACGAAUAUAGCCAGGAUGAUAAUCGGUACAGUGCUGGGCGGGGUGCUCACAUUAAUCUGAAACGUGCUGAACGAGCUAGAGUAACUGUAACCAAAAUUCCAGGAAUGGUUGACAAUCUUAUAAGCAAAACUCUAGCAUGGGAAGAUGAAAAGAAGACUUGUUUUCUGUAUGAUGGGGUACGGUUGGUGGAAUUACUGGAUGAUUAUAAACUGACCAGGCAACAGAGAGAAGAAGUGAAGAGACGACAGAGGGACCAAAAGAAGAUGCAAGAUCUACUUCAAAAUCAAAAGGAAGCCAUAUACGGAUCUAAACCUAGUCCAAGAAAAACUAACAGCUUUAGAAAGACAAACGGGCAUCGAGCAAAUGGAAACGGCUAUGGCAACGGAAAUGGCAAUGUUUCUAUGCCUCCUACACCUCGUCGGAACUCAAUGAGCGGUACAACAUCUGAGCUACAUACACCGCGUUCCUACUCUGGUCGUCAUAACGGAUACUUCAGCGAAAUGAGAAGAUUGUCUACCGCGCCUCUCAACUUUGUGGCAAUACCUAAGGAAGAUACAAUGUCAUAUAGUUGCAGCUCCGAACCCGAGUCCCCUCCCCAAGUUUAA